AUGGGCAAGUACGCCACUCCCUCGAUUCGUCACGGGAAGCACGGACUCGGAACUCGGAACGACAAUGGCGAACGCCUAGCCGAUCUUCUCGACUCCAGAAGGCUCUACCACGGCAACUCUCUCUUCGAGAAGCCUGAUCAGAGACGCUGGACCUGGAGAUCGCCCAACGGAGACACCACCAACGAGAUCGACCACAUUCUGGCCAACCGGAAAUGGUCUCUCCUCGACGUUGCCGUACUACCCAGUUUCGACGUUGGAUCCGACCAUCGACUUGUUCGCGCCAAGGUCCGUCUGAACCAGAAGUUCCUGAAGAAAGACUACCACCAGCCAUCGAGACCGAGAAGACCAACCUACGACAUCACCACGUUGGAGGAGAAGAUCUCGGAGCACGACUGGCAGCUUCUCGACGACCCGACAGCCGACUACGAAUCCCUCUGCAAUGGCCUCAUCAGAUGUGCAGAACCUGCAGCUCGACCAACCUCGUCUCUACCGCCGCGACUCGACCAACGAGCGAAAGAUCUGCUGCGAAGAAGAGGAGAAGUCAAACGAGACCCGCAGGUCACGCACCUAGAACGUCUGACGAUCGACAAAGCCUGCAGAAUGGCCGUGCAAGAGUCUCUCGCCAACCGACGCAGGAGUGCACUUCUUCAGACAGCUGAGAAACGUCAAAGCCUCAAGAAGAAGAAGUUCGAGCUCGUCGACGAGCGAACAGCACUGGAGGACAGCACUGAAGGACGAGAACGGCCAGCUGAAGACGUCAAAAAACGAGACUUCUACACGAAACUCUUCCGAAGCGACGUUCCCGUCCCCAGAACACCAACGCCGCCACCAGAAGAUGAACCCCCGAUCCUUCCCGAAGAAGUCAAGUACGCCAUCAGGAAACUAAAGGUCGGAACGGCCGCAGGUCCCGACAACAUCUCAUCCGAACUGCUGAAGGCUGGAGGAGACUCGCUGUACCGACUACUUGCCCGGCACUUCUCCAAGUACCUGAGCGAAGCCUCUAUUCCUGAACAAUGGAAAACGUCCAAGACGAUCCUCAUUCCGAAGAAGGGCGACCUCACCGACCUGAACAACUUCAGACCGAUCUCCCUCUUAUCGGUCGUCUACAAGUUGUUCACCAAGGUCAUCGUCAACAGACUAGAGAAGCAACUCGACAACUUCCAACCGUCUUCGCAGUCUGGCUUCCGACGCAACUACUCUUGCCUCGACCACAUCCACGCCUUGACCCAGGUGGUGGAACGGCACCGGGAGCACCAGAUGCCACUUGCGUUGGCCUUCGUCGACUACUACAAGGCCUUCGACAGCGUGGAGAUCAACGCCGUCUUGAAUGCUCUUGCUUCCGCCGGAGUCGCCACGAAGUACGUCGAGCUGAUCGCCAACAGCAACGAGAGAACGUCCACGACCAUCCAGCUGUUCGACAAGAAGCUUUCGAUCGCCAUCAGGAAAGGUGUUCGCCAGGGAGAUACCAUCUCCCCCAAGUUGUUCUCCACGGCACUAGAAGACGCGAUGCGCCAACUUGGAUGGGACGAAGAGCACGACUGGGAAGACAGUACAGACAUCAGAGGCAUCAACAUCGACGGCAAGGUCCUCACAAACCUCCGCUUCGCCGACGACAUCGUACUCUUCUCAAGCUCCACCACCGAACUGUCCUCCAUGCUGAACGAUCUGGACGAAGUCGGCAAGAAGAUCGGCCUCAAGAUGAACGUCAAGAAGACGCAGUGGAUGAAGAACCGCUUCUGCGACCAAGGCAAAGUCACCCUUGAGGGCCGCGACCUUCAGGAGGUCACAUCCUACAUCUACCUUGGCCGGGAAGUAAACAUGGUGAACGACCUGCAAGCAGAGAUAGGCAGACGCAAACGCGCUGGAUGGGCCGCCUUCAACUCCAUCAAAGAAGUCACCAGUCAGCUGGAAGACCCGAAACUGCGAGCUCACAUCUUCGAAGCGUCGAUAAUCCCUGCCAUCUCCUACGGUACCGAAGUUUGGCCUGACACGAAGAAAAAUGCAACCGCCCUACGAACUUCCUACCGCGCACUGGAACGUGCUCUCAUCGGCACCACUCGCUUCGAGCAGUGGAAAAAAGAACAGAGGAGCACAGACCUCCGUCAACUAUCCCAAAUCCGGGAUCUAGAAGAGCACAUACAACGCGGUAAACAUCGUUGGGGCGGCCACGUCAACCGCAGACAAGACGACCGCUGGUUCACGAGAUUAACACACUGGAUUCCGAGAAACAUCAAGCGCCCACUCGGGCGCCCACCGACCAGAUGGACAGACUACUUCCGCAAGAACAUCAGUCAGCCAGGCCGCCACUGGAUGACCGUCGCGCAAGACCGAGCCGCCUGGAGAACGUGUGGUCCACGCUGA